GAAGGGCUGUCUUACGCCCUGCUACGGAGCGAGGAAGGGCUGUCUUACGCCCUGCUCCGGAGCAAGGAAGGGCUGUCUUACGCCCUGCUCCGGGGCGAGGAAGGGCUGUCUUACGCCUUGCUCCGGAGCAAGGAAGGGCUGUCUUACGCCCUGCUCCGGGGCGAGGAAGGGCUGUCUUACGCCCUGCUACGGAGCGAGGAAGGGCUGUCUUACGCCCUGCUACGGAGCGAGGAAGGGCUGUCUUACGCCUUGCUCCGGGGCGAGGAAGGGCUGUCUUACGCCUUGCUCCGGGGCGAGGAAGGGCUGUCUUACGCCUUGCUCCGGAGCAAGGAAGGGCUGUCUUACGCCCUGCUCCAGGGCGAGGAAGGGCUGUCUUACGCCCUGCUCCGGGGCGAGGAAGGGCUGUCUUACGCCCUGCUACGGAGCGAGGAAGGGCUGUCUUACGCCUUGCUCCGGGGCGAGGAAGGGCUGUCUUACGCCUUGCUCCGGGGCGAGGAAGGGCUGUCUUGCGCCUUGCUCCGGAGCGAGGAAGGGCUGUCUUACGCCCUGCUCCGGAGCGAGGAAGGGCUGUCUUACGCCCUGCUCCGGAGCAAGGAAGGGCUGUCUUACGCCCUGCUCCGGGGCGAGGAAGGGCUGUCUUACGCCCUGCUCCGGGGCGAGGAAGGGCUGUCUUACGCCCUGCUACGGAGCGAGGAAGGGCUGUCUUACGCCCUGCUACGGAGCGAGGAAGGGCUGUCUUACGCCUUGCUCCGGGGCGAGGAAGGGCUGUCUUACGCCUUGCUCCGGGGCGAGGAAGGGCUGUCUUACGCCCUGCUCCGGAGCAAGGAAGGGCUGUCUUACGCCCUGCUCCGGGGCGAGGAAGGGCUGUCUUACGCCCUGCUCCGGGGCGAGGAAGGGCUGUCUUACGCCCUGCUCCGGGGCGGGGAAGGGCUGUCUUACGCCUUGCUCCGGAGCAAGGAAGGGCUGUCUUACGCCCUGCUCCGGGGCGAGGAAGGGCUGUCUUACGCCCUGCUCCGGAGCGAGGAAGGGCUGUCUUACGCCCUGCUCCGGAGCGAGGAAGGGCUGUCUUACGCCCUGUCAAAUCAAGAUUAUAAUAUUGAUGAGUAA